CCCUGUUUUGCUGAAUUUGUAAGAAAAUAUUUAUUUUUGAGUUUUUUUUAUAUUUUAAUAUUUUAUAAAAUAUUUUUUAUUUAUCUGGUUAGAUACAAUAACAUAAAAAUAGGGAUAAAUACUAUUUUCCUUUGCGAGGUAUGGGUCGAAAUCAAAAUGGUCUUCCACCUUUUUAUUUUAUUAAAAUCAUUCUUAAUAUUACAAAACCUUAUAAAAUUAUCUUUGCUAAUAAAAUAUUAAUUAUAUAACAAUUUUACCCUUAUCCUCAUCCACCCACAACUUCUGCACGAAAUCCUAUCACCCUAGUGAACCCAGAAGCACCAACACCAUCUGGGUCUUGAAGAAGUAGAUUGUUGUUCGGAUUCAGAACUUCAAAAAUUGGUCGUUAGAGCCAAACGCAGCCUUAGCAUGAUCAUCCUGUCCGGAUCUGACAGUGGCAAAGUGGAGAAUGUGAUUAUGGGUUUGUUGAUUGGAAAAUGGUGAAUGUUGCGAGGGGUUUUGAAGUUGCGGUGGAGGGAGGCGGAGAAAGGGUCAUAGAAGUAGCUAGUAGAGGAGAGGGAAUCGGUGGUGUCAAGGGAGAGGUUGGGGUUCUGGUCGUCGAAGUCGAGCUCGUCGAUGGGGUCGUCGAAGUCCAGCAUCGGGGGUGAAAUCGGAGAGGCGAGGUGGGGGAAGGAGGGGACUUGGUUGUUCCAAUGGCUUCUCGGGGAGCUAGCGUGGUGCUUUCAAGGGCCAACAGGAUAAAAUCGAAGCUGCAGACGGCGCUGGAAGCCACCCUUUUGGAAGUAGACAACGUGUCGUAUCAGCACGCCGGACACGCCGCCGUUAAGGGAAACUCCAACGUGUACGACCUCCUCGCCGACGAGCUCCAAUCAGGGUUGCACGCUAUCUCCAUCGUCGCCAAGACACCCCAAGAAACCACCGGCGCCAACUAAUGCGAAAGUUCCAAGCUUUUGAAGGGAUGAUGAAGCAAAGCUAAUUAGUGACAUCGUAAAAGUAAUUUUGCCACAUUGUCUGAAGAACAAGUGCUUCAUAGAUGGACUCAACAGACCUUUUAUUUUCAACACAAACUAUACCCACGUUGAAUCUCUGUUGAUGAGACCCAAUUUGGAGGAGGUUCUUGUGAUUGGAAUUUGGGGUAUGGGCGGUAUUGGUAAAUCAACCAUUGCUGAGGCUCUCUUCAAUAAUUACUCUUCUCAAUAUGAACGUUCUUGCUUCUUGUCAAAUUCAAGAGAAUUAGGAAAGCCAUGUCUCAGUGACAUUUGCAGCAGACUUCUUUCCCAAUUAUUAAACCAAGAUCUUCAUAAUAUCAAUAUUGGAGUACUAGACUCUCGCACUAAAAGUAAACUCAAGAAGAAGAGGGCUUUGAUUGUACUGGAUGAUGUAGUUGAUUCGCCAAUUGCAACUGAUUUGGUUCCAGGUUUGCGUACUUGCCUAUGUUCUGGUAGCAUUGUCAUUUUGACAACAAGGGACAGGAGUGUGCUUACAAGUGGAGGAGUUGAACAAAUUCAUGAAAUCACGAAAAUGAAUUAUGGAGACUCCCAUAAACUUUUUAACCAUUGUGCCUUUUCUGAUUCCCAUCCCAAAGCAGGGUACGCUGAGCUAACAGCUAGAGUCAUAGAUUAUGCUAACGGCAUUCCAUUGGCUUUGAAAAUUUUGGGAGCAUUUCUUCGCGCCAAAAGUGUAGCUGAAUGGGAUAGUGCAUUGAAAAAAUUAAGGAAGUAUCCCAAUGCAGAUAUUCAGAAAGUGUUGAGGUUGAGUUAUGAUACAUUAGAUGAUGUUGAAAAAAACAUCCUUUUAGAUGUUGCAUGCUUUUUCCACCGACAUAAAAUGGAGAAAAUAACAAGAAUAUUAAAUUCUUGUGAUUUCUUUGCAAAUAUAGGGAUAAAAAGUCUAUUGGACAAGUCUCUUAUAAGUAUUUAUUCAAAUGGUGAUUAUAAAUACAUCCAAAUGCAUAGUUUGAUACAGGAAAUGUGUUGGAAAAUCAUUCAUGAAGAAUAUAGGAAAAAUGGUGGUCAACAAACAAGGCUGUGGAAUACCGAAGAAGUCUGCAAUAUUUUUCAAGAUGAAAGAGAUAUUCAUGGAGUUGAAAGCAUGAUUGUGGAUAUGAAUGAAAUUUCAAUAGAUCCACGUAUAAUCAUCAUUGCAUUGAGGAAGAUGCCAAAGUUAAGGUUACUUGCUUUAAGAGGAAAUAUCAACAUGGAUCUUGAAUGGAACAGAGUGCUUCUAGAGGGAUUUCAACUUCUUAAUGACUUAAGGUAUAUUGAGUGGAAUAAAUGCCCACUUAAGUUUGUGCCGUCUAUUUGUUGGCCUCAAAAACUUGUUCUGCUUUCUAUGCGGGAUAGCAAUGUUCAAAAACUUUGGGAUACAGUACAGAAUCUACCAAGUUUGGAGUUUAUUAACCUCGAGGAUUGCAAAUACUUGAUAGAGUGUCCAAAUUUAGCAGGUGCCACGAAUCUCAAAAUAAUAUCACUCAUUGGCUGUGAAAGCUUACAAGAUGUUGAUCCAUUUAUUUUCUCUCUCCCCAAGAUUGAAAAACUAUAUGUGACCGAUUGCACAUCGCUAAAGAGGCUUUGCAGUGACUAUUGUUCUCCCUCUCUCAGUGGUUUGUGGGCCACUGGUUGCUCCAAUUUGGAAGAGUUCUCAAUCCCCAUAAUGGGUGAUCAUUCCAAACUCGGGUUAUCUUUACCAUCAACGGCUUUGAGUGAAGUGCCAUCCACUAUUAUGCAUCUCAAAGAUCUUGAGUGGUUCAGUUUUAACAUCAGUUACUCUCUUCAGAAACUUCCUCUAAACUUUGCCUCCAGAAUUGGACUCAUGGAUCCAAUAAAACAUGAAGAUGACACAUGCAUCAUAUUAAGUAGAAUAUUUCCCACCCCUGCCUUCUUGUCUCUCAAGGAAUUACUUCUCUACAAAUGCAAGAGUUUGUCUAAACUCCCAGACAACAUUCAUGUCUUACAAUCAUUACAAAUAUUACAGGUGGAAAGUUGUCAUGUCAUUACAAGUUUGCCAAAAAGCAUUAAGAAUCUUCAACAGCUCGGAGCUAUUUACAUCACUAACUGUAAAAUGCUUCAAUACAUACCUCCACUUCCCCCGUCUAUUAUAUACUUUUAUGCCGUAAACUGCAAAUCCUUGAAGGAAGUCUCAAGUUUAACCAGUGAACCACCCAGAGAAGACUAUGCAUGGUUUGGAUUCCAUAACUGCACAAAGUUGGAUGAUGAUGCAUAUGAAGCCGUUUUGAAAGACUUGAAAUCCAGGAUAGAACUUGUGGCAAAUAAUGAUGGAUAUCUGCAUAAUGAAGCAAACAAUGAUAAUACAUUCUUCUACUAUUUACCAAGUAAAGAGAGCAUAAUUAAUCACUGGUUCCCUGACUACUACUCGACAGAAGCUUCGAUCAUUAUUGAAGUUCCUCCAGAUCACAAGAUUUCUUCUUGUCUUGUUGGCUGCAUCUUGAUUUCUCAAUACCAAUCUUUCAACUUUGGCAAGAAAAAAGUGAUAUUUGGAUGGAAAUGCUACUUGGGAAAGGGUUGCAAUGACUGGGAAUGGAUCACAACUUCUGGCAAUAGAGGACUUUUGACCGGCUAUGCUUUCUCUGAUGUGAUUGAUCAAUUGGAAAUGGUAUCAGAUCAUAAGGUAGUAUGGUAUGAUGGAGAGGGUUCCAACAAGAUAACGGAAGCAAUCAAAGAGAGAAGAAAAGGCACCACCACUUGCAAUCCUAUCCUUAAAUUUGAGUUCUAUGCUCAUACAAAGGAUAAUGAGGAAGUAGUGAUAAAGGAGUGUGGGAUCCGUUGGAUGCAUGUCCAUGUCAAUGAUGAAGGAGAGAUUAGUCCAGAUGCCACUCAUGAGGGCUAUGAAUCUCAUGACGUUGAGAAUCAGAGAAAAGAGAACCAAAAAAAGAGUAAAUUUACGUGGUGGUUCCAAAGAUUAUUGCUACUGUGUUGUAGAGCAAAUACCGAAGAAGAGAUAUAGAGAAAUAUCACUCUAAAACAGAAUAAUAUCUUCCUGUUAAAUUAAGAGAAGAACAUAUCAUAAGAGAACUCCAUCCAAUACGAAAGCUUCUGUGGGGAACACCUGUACUUUCUUUAGUUCAUUACUAUUGUAAUAGCAGUUGUCUAUUUAGUCACUUUGUAGCACACUUUCUCUGAGAACACAUCAUUACUUAUUUUUGCUCAUUUGAUUUUUGUUCAAU